GAAACAAAACUCUGAAGCUUUGAAACUGUAAACAAGCAACAAUAAAAGUGACAUUGUUUAAUUCUUGGUGACAGUUUCUCUUGGAGAUCAAUUUUUCCUUCAUCAGUUUCUGAUGUUCUCCUGUGAUCUUUUUCCUUCUCCAUAAUUUAUUCUUUUAUUUAUUUUUAUUCUAUUCCAAUUGUGGGGAUUUACCGAGUGUUCAUCAUCCAUGUAACCUGAACCUGGUCAUAGAUCUCAUCUUUUAUUUUCACCUUUAAACUCUUGUUUCUCUUUUCGAUUUACCUUUGGCCCUUUUUUGUUUUCAAUUUUCUUUCGUUUUUUUUCCUUCAUCAUCUUUAUCUCUCCCUUUUCUUUAUUUUCUUUGUUCCAAUAUGGAUCCGUUAAUUGGUCUAUUUGGACAGAAAAGCGUAAAUAGUGCUGGCUUAGAGGGUAAUUGUGAAUUUGAUCGUGAUAAUGGUGAACUAAUGGUUGACAACAGUUCUAUUUCUGUUGUUGGUGAAGAUAAUAUUAAUUACCUUCCUCCUGAAUGUGCAGAGGGUAAUAUUGAGUACAAAUUAAAAUUAAUCAAUCCGUCUCAAAGUAGAUUUGAACACUUGGUUACACAAAUGAAAUGGAGACUUAGAGAAGGUCAUGGAGAAGCUAUUUAUGAGAUUGGUGUUGAGGAUAAAGGUUUACUCGUUGGUUUGACAGAAGAAGAAGCUGAUUCUUCACUUCGAACGUUAUACUUGAUGGCUGAGAAAUUAGGGGCUUCUGUUAACAUUUUAAGAGAGAAAAUAGUUAGCCCAGCAACAAGUUCAACCAAAAGAAAAGUAAUGGAAGUUUUAAUUAGACGAGUUCCUGAUGAUCAAGGAUCAAUUGAACUUCGAGUUGCAGUUUUGGGUAACGUUGAGGUUGGUAAAAGCACUUUACUCGGUGUUCUAACUCAAGGUGAACUCGAUAAUGGUAGAGGAAGUGCACGACUCAAUUUGUUUCGACAUCGUCAUGAGAUUCAAAGUGGCCAUACAUCGUCCAUAAGUCGUGAAAUAUUAGGUUUUGAUAGUAGAGGUUGUCCAGUAACUUAUAAUAUCUGCCGAACUCCCGAAGAGAUUUAUGAAUCAUCGUCAAAGUUAAUUACAUUCAUAGAUCUUGCUGGUCAUCAGAAAUAUUUGAGAACAACCAUUUUCGGAUUAAUGGGACAUUCUCCUCAUAUUGCAAUGUUGGUGGUCAGUGCAGUUGCCGGUCUUGCCGGUACAACAUUGGAACACCUUGGAUUGGCUUUGGCCUUGGACGUGCCAAUAGUAAUUGUUGUAAACAAAGUUGAUCUCUCCACAAGCGAAACAACCAAGGACACUCUCAGUAAACUUGAAUCUUUACUUAAAUCACCAGCCUGUAAAAAGCUUCCAAUUGUAAUUAAUUGUAAAGAUGAUGCAAUUACUGCCGCCAGUUCGAUGGCCUCAAAUGUCACACCGAUAUUUAAAGUGUCCUGUUUCAACGGGACUGGACUCGAUCUGUUGUAUACUUUUCUCAACGUUUUCUCUCCGUGUCUAAGUAACAAAGAUGUCGAUAAGUUAAUUCAAAAAGAUGCUGAGUUUCAGGUUGAUGAAACUUUUCAUGUAACUGAAGUUGGUACUGUUGUCGGUGGACUGUUAACUUCGGGAAUUUUGAAAGAAGGAAAUUGGAUUCAAGUUGGUCCCAAUAUCGAUGGAAAUUUUGUUAAGGCUCAGAUUCAGUCAAUCCAUCGGUAUAAAGUUCCCUGUAGGGUUGUACGUGCAGGUGAAAGUGCGACAUUUGCACUUGCCAAUAAAGAUCCUGAAUCAUUGGAACAAUUAAGAAAAGGAAUGGUUAUCCUUUCAUUAGCCAGAGAACCUCAUCAAGAUAAUUCAAUUUGUCUCUAUUUUCAAGCUCGAAUGCAUGUACUUUAUCAUGCAACUAUGAUCUCUUCAGGUUAUCAGGCCACUGUUCAUAUCGGUAAUAUUUGUCAGACAGCAGUGGUUAUCGCAAUUAUGGGUAAAAGAGGAGUCACAACGAACGAAACGGCUUCCAUGAUGCUUAAAUUUCUCAGGCAACCCGAAUAUGUUCAACCAGGAUGUCGAAUACUCUUUCGAGAAGGACAAUCGAAGUGCAUCGGUCAAGUCGUACAAAUAUUUCCUUUCUCCGAACCAAACAAUUGGCUCGAAGCCAUGUGAACAAUUGCAAUAAUUUCUCGUUCUAUUCUUUAUUCAUUUUCUUGUCUUCUUUCUUCCACUCAUUUCAUUUUCUCAUAGCUCUCUCUCUCUCUCUCUCUCUCUCUCUCUCUCUCUCUCUCUCUCUCUCUCUCUCUCUCUCUCUCUCUCUCUCUCUCUCUCUCUCUCUCUCUCUCUCUCUCUCUGUUACCUUGUUCUGCAUUGGAUGAAAACAAACAAAAUCGAACAAAAAAAAACGAGAUCGAUAAACUUAUCAACUCAUCUAAAAAUAACGAUUGCCAAUUGAAAAUCAAUUGAUAGAAAGCAACAGUUUCAUCGAUGACCAACAAUCUUUAAAUUUAGAUGACGGAACAAUUUUAUCCUGAUAAUUUGACAAAACAAUUCACUAAACUGAAUUAACCCAAUACCUCAUGGAUUAAUCAUAAUUCUCACUUUGUUAAACAAUCAUCUUUAAUUGUCAUCUUUUCUCUUCUCACACAUUUUCAUUAGUCGACAAUUUCAUCUUUUGGUGUUUACAAUCUUCUGUAAUAACCAAAUAACAUCACAGCGAACAAUUAACUGGUCAUCAUCAAAUUAUCUUCUAAUUAUCAACAUUAAUUUUUUGUCACCUUUCAAACUGUAACACUCGAUAAUCUCCAAUCGAUUAUCGAACUUACCUUUCUCUCUCUCUCUUAAUUUCAAUCACUUUGAAAUUAAUCGUUACAAUUUCCAUUCGCAUUAAACAGAAAUCUCUAUUUUCUUGAUUGUUCUAAUUAACCUUAUCCUCUUAAAGCAAAAUAAUUGACUAAUUUAAAUUGUACAAAAAUGGCAACAAAAAUAAAGGAUUUUUUGUGAAACACAA